AUGCUGAAUAAGAUAAAUGCCGCGAAUGUGCCGCCCACAACACUAUGGGAAAGCAUUGUAGAAGUGACUUUCAUGGAUUCAGGUCAUGAUCACACUUUUAUGGGAGCACUUAGAGUCGAGAUAAAACUCAAUAUUAGUACUUCGCAAAAUCAAAUCAAAAUUUGGAUUUGA